AACGAAGGACAACUUCCGGUUCCGGUGCUUUUUGUCAAUACAAGCUCCACACGUGAAUUUUGGUGAACAAAAUGCCGAAGUCUCAAAGAGGCAAAGGAGCAGACAAAGUUGUUCAUCCGUACAGCAGAAAAGCUGCUUAUCUGAACCGGGAAGAGGUCAGACUGAAGAGAAAGGAGAGGAUGAAGAAUGAAAAAGCAACACGUCUGAGCCACAUAGGUGAGAAACUGACGUGGUUUCAGAGUCAGUUGGAUCCGAACAAGACGUGUUACACUAAGAAAGAUGCUUGUGAGAUUAUUGAAAGUUACCUCCACAGAUUUGAUUCAGAACUUGAGCAGAUCGAGCUGGUGAAUGGGAUCAAGGGUCGACAGGGUCGUCUCCAUGGUGCCAGAGAAGCGAUAAUCAAGCAGACUGUAGAGCGAGAGCGAGCGCUGUUUGAUGGUGUUGGUAUAGAAAUUCCAGACAUCAUCAACACAAAGCAACUGAAAAUGUUCAGAGAAUGGACCGGAGAUCUGAGGAAACUUCCAAAUAUUAAAAUGCGUAAAAUAUCAAAUAAAGCUUUGGACACAAAGACAGAAGAAAAAGAGGAGUCGGAGCAUGAGGGUGAUGAAGAAAAUGAACAUGAUCAUUUGGACGAUGAGCUCAAUGACCCGGAGGAGAUGUCAGAGUCUCACUAACACUCACCUCAUUCAGUCUGUGGCUGCAUCACAGCUUCUGUAGAACUUCUACGCCAUGUGUGGAGAGGCUGCUGUUUCACAAGUGUCCAGCAGACAGUGCUAGAUAUAAAAUUAAACCAUACCAACCUUGUAUGUCUCAUAUUUUAACAACUUAAAAAAAGCUUUUUUCUCAGCGGUUCUACAUUCAUUGUUUAUUGCACAGACAACAAAGUUUUCCUUAUUAGCCAUAGAUUUUCCAAUCAGAGCUAUGAAAUAACUUACAUACGCUGUGGAUUUAAGACAAAGGACAAUCUAUAACUGAACUGUGACACUGGAAACCACAACUGUAGAAAAUUGAACACAAGUCAGCAAUAUUCCCUUUUUAAGGUUUAAAUAAACAUCUCUGCACUCUAAAAUAAAAUGGAAACAAAACAAAAAUUGUAAAAUAUCUAUUCUAACAUUUAAAUUACUGACCUGCAGAGAGCAAAAAAAACUCCACAAACAAUAACAAAAGCUGCCCUAAUACAUUUCAAAGGUCACAGGUUUAGAUUCAGACUGGAAUAAAGAUGGAAUAGCUAUAACGACUAGUCUUUGGUAUCAGAAGACCUGAUUGUCCAGCAGUGUUUUAAGGCCUCAGCAUGCUUCAGUUCAGAGCCUUUACAGCAUCUGAUUUUAAGGUUUUACAAAUCUCCUGAUUUGACUUUUCAGACAAGUUGACAUUUAUUGUACCACAUGUUUAAAGUCAAUGGAAAAUACUGGAAAAAGGUAAAUAGCAAUAUGAGCAAAGCACGGUUAUGCAAAUGAAAAUAUAUAGUUCAGCGUUUUUUUAAGAGUUUUUUGUUUAUUUAAUCACAUUAUACCCCUAACUUUCUAUUAGUUUAUGUCACCGCAAUAAAGCUGAAAAAAAAAUUACGAUUUGCUGCCUUUUGUCGAAUUUUGCAUUUGUAUUCAGUCCCUCUGCCAAAGCUUUGAUGAACAUCUAAUUCCAGUAGCAGGUCUUUUGGAGCUUGUCUCUUUAACUUGACGUAUCAAAAGACUAAAAUCAUUGUUUUAUUG